CCUUCCAACAUCGUGGUAUGCUCAGUGGACUCCAUUCCUUACCAUGUCUUCUCACAAGACUUUCAGGAUCAAGCAAUUCCUCGCCAAGAAACAAAAGCAAAAUUGUCCCAUUCCCCAGUGGGUUCAGAUGAAAACUGGUAACAAAAUCAGGUACAACUCCAAGAGGAGACACUGGAGACGAACCAAGCUGGGCCUUUAAAGAAUUGCAUGUAACAUAGCUUACAUGUUUAUGCUUUGUCAGGGCCAUUGUCACCUGCCAUAUCAAGCUGAAAAUGUUACUUAUGUCUGAAUAAUUGGGCAUGUUUAGUUGGAAUAUGAUUUUUCGCUUUGUUUC